AUGAAUAAAAAACCUAUUCAAAAUAGUCAAAAACCAUUUGGAAACACCAAAUAAAAAAAACCAGUAGAAAGACCUGGUCUUACCGAUGAUGAAAUAGAAGAAAUAAAAGAAGCUUUUAAUCUUUUUGAUACCGAAGGAAGUGGAAAAAUAGAUCCAAAGGAACUCAAAGCUGCAAUGUAAUCACUUAAUUUCCACUUAAAAAAUCCCACAAUAUAUAACAUGAUAGCUGAUUUAGAAAACGAAGGACCCGAAAUUGAAUUCGAAUAAUUCUUAGACGCUAUAACUUCAAAAUUAGGAGAUAAAGAAUCAAGAGAUGGUAUUAAUAAAAUAUUUGAAUUAUUUGAUGAUGAUCAUUCAGGAAAUAUAAACUUAACUAAUUUAAAAAGAGUUGCAAAAGAACUUGGUGAAACUAUGACUCCUGAAGAAUUAUAAGAAAUGCUUGAAAGAGCCUCUUAAAAUGGAAAAGAAAUUACCCCCGAAGACUUUUAUUAAAUAAUGACUAAAAAAACUUUCUGA